AUGUGGGAGCUCGCCUCCGUCCUCAACUUCCUCCACGUGUUCUGGCCCUUGCUCAACGUCGCGGUGGAGUUCACGGCGGAGGAGCUGGAGAACGCCAUCGUGGCGCCCAACCGCGUAUUGGAGGACCUGCAUAUACCGCUGUUGAGGUCAAUUCCCCCCGUUGCUCGAAUGGGCAUGGCGGACGGAAAAUGGGUGACCGUGCUAUGCAGGAAACUGAAGGACUGGUGGCAUCUGGUUGCGGAAGGUGAUCUACCAAUCGUUACCUCACAGGGAACGGAAAUCGAGAUGUACAAGAAACUUGAGCCAGCGACUCGACUGUUGAUCCUGAAAGCAAUAUGUGACAUACGCUGUGAGCAAGAGGAUGUUCGGAACUUCGUAGAUAGUUGCUUAAAGAAGGGUUGUCAGCUCUCUGCUUUCUGCAAAAAAAGAAUUGGGGGAGAUUCCCAUGGAAUCUCAUACUGGUAUGAAGAAGAUCCAAUGCUUGGGCAUCGAUUGUAUCGCGAAAUUAGACAAGUGGAGUAUGUGAAGGAGCAAACAAGAAAAUCUAAAGGAAGGGGAGUCAUAAGUGUUCCAGUUGUAUCCUAUCAGUGGGAGACUGUCGCAACCAAUUUUGCUGAAUUCGAAGCAGCAGCAGAAAAGCUCUUUUCAAGUAGCAACAGGACUGAGAUCUCAGUUGGAAAGAAGUUGAAGAUCGAUUAUCUUCCAGAGAUAGAAAAGAUUCACAAGAGCAAGGAGAGGCUUCUAAAAAAGCAACAAAGAGAAGCCCUCCUCCUUAACAGCUACUUGACAUUUGAUCGAUUCACAUCUGGCCGCUCCCAGCGCGAAAGAAAGCGUGUCACUUAUACUUUUGAUGAUUAUGACCGUUCAAUAAAUGAGGCCAUCAAAGCAAUAAAGAAAAGCGAGAACUCCGUUCAGGAUGUUACCACUAUCAACAGAAGAGUAGUGGACCCAACACGAGAAGCAUUAAAUAAUGGUACAGUAUCUGGUCCCUUGCCUGUAUGUAAUGGAUUCAGUGGAGAAUCUCCACUGAAGUCAUGUAGCGACCAAGCGAACGAUGAUGAGGAAAAGGCUGAGCCUCUUGAUCGUAGGCGCCGUGAAAGAAAAAGAUCUCAAAGGUACCUGCUGGACUUUGUUGAGGAUGUCCCGGACAUCGAUGCGAACUUCGGCAGCGACGACGACAUCAUGGGCGAAGCUGUCUAUGAUGAGGAGUAUCUGAGAAGUCGAAAACAACCCAAGGCAAGUACUUCAGAAGACGAUGGAGAGUUCCGAUCGGACCAAGAGUAUUCUUUGAGCAGCGAAGCUGAAGAUGGGGCUCGACGGUCCAAAAGAUUGCCAGCUCGCAGUCCUCAAGUGACAAGGCUGAUCGCUGCGGAUGAAAUCCAAAUAGGCAUCAAGCGCAAUAAGCGUUCUGCCCGGCCCCAUACGAAUCAUCAGCAGCAGCAUCUACCUGGUACCGGAUCAGGAAUGCCAGGUAAACCGAAUGCAUCAGAUCCAGAUGCUGGUUCUGACGCAGCAGUAAAGGGCGUGGAUAUCUCAGCAAGAAGUCAAGACCAAGAGCAGCGCCUACUGCAAAUAGUGAAGAUGCAUAACCCUGGCAGGGAGAGCAACGGGGUUGGGGGAAGAUUCCUCCAUCUUAACGAGCUUGCGCCUGUCAUCAGUGGCUUCGAUGGUGCACCAGCAGUCCAGUCUUGAUGGCGAAACCUGACCAUGUCGCACAAAUAAUAGUAGCUAAUAAGCAUGUUCUGCAGCAUAUUCAGGUGCCCAGAGCUCCUCUGUUUUCUCGAGGGUACCGGCAUUGGGUGGAAUUGCUGACUGGGACAGAGAUGGACGGGCAAACAUCUGUGAGCUGGUGAAGCUGAUUGCUGGUUCUUUUGGUGGAACCCUUCAAUCGGGAGAUGGUUCGUGUGUGGCACUCGGAGGCUGCCGCGGCCAUUGAUGACGUGUCCGGCCUGGUCGUUUCUUUUUUGAUCUGGCAGUUUGUGUGGCUCCCCUCCAUGUAAUCAUGUACUCUAUUCAAUUAGGAGCGACAAUAUUGAUGUGCGCUUUGAGAUGAGGUAGCUGUCAUGGUGCAUGCGGCAAUUCUGAACUGUUGACAUCGCUUGUAAGCUGGGGCUUUCUUCAUACCUGCAAUUCUCCAGGCAAAAAAUGUUGGAGAAUAUUCAUUUGGUGUUCUCUGUGAAUCGCCAGAUUUGAGAUGCUGCAAACGCACCUGCCCUUUUGGUAACAACCGUCUG